AUGAAAUAUUCAUCAACUACCCUUGUUGAUGGAAUAACAACAUUGUCUUUGUCACGUAGUGCAUCAAUUCCAGUAUUAGAUCGCUUUUUAACUAAUGAUACACAAAUUCAAUUAAAAAUUCUUUGUCGUGAAUCAUCUGCAAAUAUAAAGGAAACUCAAAAUCAAAUAAAAAGAAUUUUAAAUAAAGAAUAUGAAAAAAAAAAAGUUGAAAUACGUGGUCGAAUUGGUCGUAUUGUUGGAUGCUUACCAUUGCAAUCGGAUGCAUUUGUGGCUACAAAUCAAUUAACAUCAAAAGAUAGUAGAGAUGCGCAAAGUUUAUUACAAACGUUUUAUGAUGAUUUAUGGAAACAAAUGGAACAAAGAACAUUUACAAUGCAGCAAGUUAAUUGUGAAAAUUCAGUAGAAUUAGAUGUUUAUGAAUAUAGCAAUAUAAAAGUACCAGACAUCUCACCAGAAAAAGCUGUGGAAUUAAGAGAACAAUUUUUGAAACAAGAACAUGAACAAAUGACUACAAAUCAACAAAAUAACAUUCGUCAUAGCGAUGCUGCGGACCAAAUGAUAAUAAAAUUGAAUGAUGAACAAUCACCGUUAGCAUCUGUUUUAAAGAAACACACAAUAAAUAGAUUACGAACAUGGGCUGAUGGUUAUUAUCUUAUUGAAAUCGCUCAACCAAUUUUCAUUGAUUCAAAUACUCCUGAACUUGAUGUUGAUGUAAUUGUAUCAAUGAAAAAUCACCAUGGUGGAUAUAUAACAGCGGAUGAAUAUCCAUCAUUAGUUUUUUAUUAUGUUAUGUGUGGUAUCUAUGCUUCAUUUGCUAUUUUAUGGUUUACUUGGUGUAUAUUGUAUUGGAAAAAGUUACUUCAUAUACAAUUUUGUAUAGGUGGUUGUAUUCUUAUUGGUUUGAUUGAAAAAUUAGAAAUUUAUGCUGAAUAUGAUACUAUUAAUCGAUAUGGAUAUAAAGUUCAUUUUGAUAUUGUUACAGCUGAAAUUGUUUCGUGUUUAAAACGUACUGUGUUACGUAUGCUUUUUAUUAUUGUUGCACUUGGUUAUGAUAUAGUUAGAAAACAUUUAGGACAGUUAAAACAAAAAUUAAUUGCUACGGUAUUAAUUUCACGUAUUCCAUUAGCUAUUAUUGAUGCUAUUAUUUACUAUUGGAUAUUUACGGGUUUAGUUGCAACAAAACGAACAUUACGCUUAAGACAAAAUACUGUUCAAUUGAAUGUUUAUCGACAUGUUACGAAUACACUUAUAGUUACUGUUAUUGCAAGUGUAUUAUUCAUGAUUUGGUCAUUAAAAUCACAUUUUUUUACUACAUGUAUUACGAAUUGGAGAGACUUUUGGAUUGAUGAAGCAUUUUGCCAUAUACUUUCUUCAUUACUUAUUCUUGUCAUCAUGUUUUUAUUUCGACCAUCCAAUAAUAAUCAAUUUAAUCAUUUUGUUGAUUUAUUUGAUCAUUUGGAUAAUGACAAUGAUGACGAAAAGAAAAAAUGUGAGUUAAAUAAUAUCAACAGUACAUCAAUAUUUUAUUUUUUUAAACAAAAAGUUCUUUCUUAUAUCUAUAUCGAAAAACAAUCCGGUGUAUUUGAUUCAGUAACAAUUUAUAAAGCAACCAAUAUUGAAAAUGAUACAGCAUCAAAGAGUGAAAAGCAACAACAAGCAUCUUUGAAUCAUAAAGCAACAAUAUCAGAUAGUGCCGCUGAAGUUUCAAAUGGUAAUGUUGUCGUUGAAGAUAAUAUUACAACGUCAAUCGUUAGUCAUGCAUUAGAUGGUGAAUAUAAAGUUUUCGUUACAGAAUUCGAACGAUCGAAGAUAUAA